AUGUCAGAUACUAGACACCAACAAAAUUUAUCUAUAAACUCUAUUAAUUCGUUGAUAGAGCCCACGACACCACCUAGUUUUGGCAAGACACUGAUCUGGGAUAAUGGUGGUAAGGGGGCGGUAUCUAUGGGCGGGUACAACGGACUCAAUAGUAUGGGAGCCAGUGGGAUCCAUAGCUUGACAAAUGGCGGUAAUGGAGUUGGCGGGCAAUUGGGAGGAAGUCUUUCAGGACCUAGCGGCGGCCAAAUGGGCGGCAUGGUUGGCGGAGCCACCGGAGCGCUCCAAGGAGCACACACGGGCGGCCAUGGUCCAGGCGAUCACAAAUUGGAUAAGGAGUACUUGUCGGGACUUAAUAAGGUACCAUUGGAUCAAUUGAAACUGGAGAUAUUAAAGUUGGCUAAGGAUCAGUAUGGAUGUAGAUUUCUUCAGAAGAAAAUUGAUGAGAAUGUAACACCGAGCCCCCAGAUCCGGAUGGAAAAUUUCAAGGUGAUCUUUAAGGAAAUCUACCCAUAUAUCUACGAAUUAAUCAUCGAUCCAUUUGGUAAUUACCUUGUACAGAAAUUGAUUGACUACUGUGAUGACUCGAAUUUAAACCUCAUUUUAGAAAUUUUGCAAUACAACUUAUUUCAGAUUUCCAUUAAUCAGCACGGAACGAGAGCGUUGCAAAAAAUCAUCAAUAGCUUAAAUAAUGACUAUCAAUUAAGUUUGUUGAUUAGUGGAUUAAGUCCUUUCAUUAUCGAAUUGAUCAAGGACUUGAAUGGUAACCAUGUUAUCCAGAAGAUUCUUAACAAAUAUUCACCUGAAAAUUGUCAAUUUAUUUAUGAUUCGAUUAUCAAUGAUUUGUUUGUGGUCGCUACCCAUAAACAUGGUUGCUGUGUAUUGCAAAAGUGUUUAAAUCACGUUAACAGCAUGCAGUUAGUCCAGUUUAGUCAAAAGAUUUUAAUGUUCGAUACGUUCCGUAAAUUGACAAAUGAUCAAUUUGGUAAUUAUGUUUUACAAUACCUUAUCUCAAUCAACUCAAUUUCCAUCAACUUAAAGAUGUAUGAAAACUUUAUUAAAUUCGGUGUUAAUAACUUGUGUAAUUUGAAGUUUUCGUCCAAUGUGGUGGAGAAAUUUUUAAAGAAUUGUUAUGUUAAUGAAGCUACUAAUCCAGCUUUCUCCAACUUAAAACUUGAUUUAUGCUUACAGGUUUUACAAGGUGACUUAAACAAGAUGAUUAACGAUCCAUUUGGUAAUUAUGUGAUUCAGACUUUGAUAGAUAUUUUAGUCAACCCAUGCAUUAAUUAUACUAAUCCUUUGAAUGAAAAUUUAUUGGUGUUGUUGCCUUUAAACUUUAAUGUCUCAAGCUUAACAAACCAACAAAUCCAGAUUGCAAUCAUCAAGAAUUGGUUUGCUAACUGUAAGAUUGUUUCAAGUUUUGGCAAGAGAAUUCAGCUGAAAAUCAAUUCAAUUUUGAAUGGUACUACCACUAACAAUAAUAAUAGCUCUUCGAAUGCGGCUAAUAAUCAGACCGUUAAUUUCAAGAACUAUAAUUAUCCUGCUUUGAACAUGAAUGCCAAUGGUGAAUUUGUCAACUCAGAAUUUCCUCCUCAUUUGUCUCAACAGCCUCAUAAGAUGCACCAAAGAAAUUUGUCAAUUCCUUUGCAAACUGCACCAUUUACUCCAUUGCAAACAGUGACGGCUAAUAAUUAUACUUUAGGUAAUAAUGUAAAUGGUGGUGUUGUGACUCCAGGAAGCAAUGAAUCUCCAUCUAACUUACUUACCCCCAAUAUGCCUAGUUACACACCUUUGUCAAAUUUGAAUGUUCCACAUAUGAAUAAUCAUCUUUCCAAAAAUCCAAUGGCUAACGAUUUUACGAUCCAAAAUCCCUAUUUUAACGGAAACCCUGCUAAUAACAACCAAAUCAGUCCUCAAUUUGUACUUUCUCCAAAUAUCAAAUAUUACCAAAAUUAA